AUGCUGGAUGCUGCCAUGCGUAACGUGGGUUCGUCCCCGAGCCGCCACGCAGCCAAUGCGCCGGUUGCACCGCAACCCGCCGACGGUGUCAGUGCUGGUCCUCUGCCCAGUAUCCUCAAGCGUCGCCCACCGACUGAAGAAGGCUCCCCGCAGGGAUCACCACAACGGGCCAAGCAGGUGCCAUCUGGCAGGCAUGUCUCGUUUGCCGAUCCUCCCGUGCAAGGCGAAUACGAGAUAGGGCCCCGCAAAGCACGCUUCUCCCGAGCCCUGUACGAGGAGCCAGAGAUGGACGAAGGUGAACUGGCCGACAGUCAGCAGCCACUGUGGCCUUCUCUCGAGGGCUGCACGGAGCCUGUGGAUGCUGUCCUGCCUUUGCUCACGAGCUCCCUCUG